CCAUUUCACCAUACCUCCACCACCACUCCAAACCCAUCCUUAAUUACAAACAUAUAGCCUUGGCAAGUGUGUCUAAAAAUGGCUUCCAAGGCUAUUGCAACCAUGGCUUUUCUACUCUCUCUCAACCUUCUCUUUUUCACAAUGGCCACUUCAACUAAUGUCGCUUGCCCACCACCAUUAAAGACUCCAAAACACACUCCACAACACUCACAACCCAACCUUCCUACUAAUAAGCCAGCCACUUGCCCCAAGGACACCCUUAAGCUAGGGGUGUGUGCUAACUUGUUGAAUGACUUGGUGCACCUUGUUGUGGGAACCCCACCAAAGACCCCUUGCUGCAGCCUCAUCCAAGGUCUUGUUGAUCUUGAGGCUGCUGUUUGUCUUUGCACUGCUAUCAAGGCCAAGGUUCUAGGCAUCAAUCUUAAUGUCCCCCUCUCUUUGAGCUUGCUAUUGAAUUAUUGUGGAAAGAAUGUACCAAAAGGCUUCCAAUGUGCCUAAUGGUGCUAAGCUAAAUCUCUCAUUUUUCUACCAAGUUUCAUGUUAUCUAAUUAUUUUCACAAAAUCCUUUGUUGAUGGGGUCUGGUUUGAUUUGAUAUCAAUCCCAUUUUGGUUGUCAAUUGGUUUGUUGGAAGGUCUUCUCAACCGGCUAUUCUUUGGGAAAUAAUAAAAUGUGUGUGUGUGUGUUUUUUUUCCUUUCUGGAUGAUGUAAAAUAUUUUCUCUUGAUGAAUAUGGAGCUUUGAUGUGAAUUAUUUUACUCAGAA